AUGCGUCGACGACUGCUUUGUUCCUCGGCAUCGCGCGUCACAGCUUCCCUGGUCCUGUCGUUCCUCGCCGCCAGCGUUAUAGCCGAUAUCCCCGUGUUGCCGCCUCUGCCUCUGCCGUCCAACGACGACAGUAGCGAAAAGGACUUUACUCUGCGUCAUGUUUUCCACCAUGGCACCUACAAGUACCCGGAGCUGCACAGACGUCUGGAUAUUCCAGAACAGGCAGCAGUAUGGAUGGCCCAAGGGGACGACUCGGCCAACCGCCAGCCUAUGCCGCGCCUGCGAGCUAGGUCAGAGGCCAUGACCAUUCAGCGAAUGAGAGACAGGAGCAAGGAAACCGUCAACGGCAUACUGGAAUGGGGCAGAAUGAAGGGACGCGCUGUGCAGCUUCCCGAAGAAGACUGGACGCUCGACGACAUCACCGGCCCCAACGUGACUGAUAGGGAAACCGUCCUCAGCUUCGCGCGCAUGGCCUCGGACGCCUACAUCCUAGAACCGAACACUGGUCAAUGGGAAGACGUUGGUGGUGGUUUCAAUUACACCGAGGACUUUGGAUGGGAAUCAGAUGGACUGCGAGGUCACAUCUUCGCCGACACCAAGAACCAAACCAUUGUCAUCGGCCUCAAGGGUACCUCACCCGCCAUGUUCGACGGCUCCGAGACGACUACCAAUGAUAAGAUCAAUGACAACCUCUUCUUCAGCUGCUGCUGCGGUCAGGGCGGUCAAUUCCUCUGGCGACAAGUUUGCGACUGUCAAACCUCAGCCUACACGUGCAACUCGACGUGUCUUGUGACUGCCCUUCGCGCCAAGAAUCACUACUACUACGCCGCCCAGGAUCUAUACCAUAACGUAACUGCACUGUACCCAAAUGCUGAAGUAUGGAUGGCGGGUCAUUCGCUCGGCGGUGCUGUCGCUUCUUUCCUCGCCCUCACUUUCGGGCAUCCAGCAGUCACCUUUGAGGCGGUCCCUGAAGCCAUGCCGGCCGCGCGCCUUGGUCUGCCAGUGCCUCCUGGUCAUCAGAUUGGCUCGCUCCAGCAGCGUAAAUUCACGGGCGGCUUCCACUUUGGACACACAGCAGACCCCAUAUACAUGGGUGCGUGCAACUCAGCUACCAGCGCCUGCACCAUUGGCGGCUAUGCUAUGCAGAGCGUCUGCCAUACUGGGCAAAAGUGCGUCUAUGACACAGUCAAGGACUUUGGCUGGCGUCUUGGUAUCGGCACCCACAAGAUUCUUGAAGUCAUCCGAGAUGUCAUAAUGAAGUACGAUGAGCCUCCCAAAUGCGAGCCUUAUGCAAACUGCACCGACUGCUUCAUGUGGGACUACUUUGAGAGCAACGGCACUGAGACGACAACGAGCUCCAAGCCUGCUGCCACAUCGACGACAAUGCGGUCAACUCGUACCAGGACGGAAACAUGCAAGACGCCUGGUUGGUGGGGAUGUCUCGACGAAUCGACGACCACAUCCCACCCCAAAACGACUGUUACGACGACCGAGACUACCACGAGCUGCAAAACACCUGGCUGGUUUGGGUGCAAGGAUGAAGUGAUAAUCACCACGACGAGGAAGUACACCACAACGGCAGCCCCGGCUCCCACUGUGACUACAACUUCAGCAUCUCCGACCUCGACAUCGUCCUGCAAAUACCCGGGUUGGUUUGGCGGCUGUCUUGAUGGCGAUGACCCACCUGCAAAAACUCAUCACACACCCAAGUCGACACCCACCGCUACUUCUACCAGUUGCACAUCGGAGGGGUUCUUCGGCGUGUGCUAUGACAAGUCGAAGAAGCAUGGGCAGACCAGGUCCCAGCCUCCGGUAACGGAACGGAUGGAGAUGUAG